UAUAAACCCAUAUUUUUGGGUACCGUGGAUCCAAGUAGUGAUGCUGCAAAAUAUAAGAGGACUGUUAACACUCAAAAAUGCAUUCGUGCAGGUGGAAAACACAAUGAUUUAGAUGAUGUUGGAAAAGAUGUUUAUCAUCACACUUUUUUUGAAAUGUUAGGAAACUGGUCUUUUGGAGAUUUCUUUAAGAAAGAAAUAUGUCAGUGGUCAUGGGAGUUAUUAACUGAAGUAUUUAAGUUAUCUAAAGAUCGCCUCUAUGUAACAUAUUUUGGAGGAAAUGCAGCUCUGGGAUUAGACCCUGAUGAUGAAUGCAAAGAAAUCUGGAAACAAGUUGGGUAUGUGAGUAUAAUAACUGUCAAAGCUGAUGACCACUGUUUAUUAU